UCUAGAGGAGUACAGAGCAGUGAGAGGGAUAGAGUGAGCAUUAACUGCUGCUCCAGGGCUGCAUGCAGCUGUCUGGUCUGGGGCUGAGAGGGAGCAGGAGAGAGGGAGGGGUAGCUCAUAGGAGGAGGAGAGGACUUGAAGGGAGAAAGAGGAGAGACGGGGUAAGAAGAGGGGAGGAGAGAAACAGAUGAGAGUGAGCGGAGCAUAGUAGGCCGGUUGACUGGAUGUAUCGUCGAGAAGCUAGGAGAAACUGGCAGACUGCAGCUGGUCUAUAAAAGGGAGGAAAGGGGGGGGAGUGUAAUUUGAGAGCGCCUGACAGAUCGGGCUUUAGUGUCACUACUCUACUCAGCACUAAGAUGUCAUGGCGUCCGACAUACCGAAGCUCCAAGUUUCGAAACGUCUACGGCAAAGUGGCCAACCGGGAGCACUGCUUUGACGGCAUUCCCAUCACCAAGAACGUCCAUGACAACCACUUCUGUGCCGUCAAUGCCAAGUUCCUGGCCAUCGUCACGGAGAGUGCCGGUGGAGGGUCCUUUAUCGUCAUCCCUGUCUCCCAGGCCGGCCGCAUCGACCCCCAACACCCCAAAGUGUGUGGCCACCAAGGUAAUGUCCUGGACAUCAAAUGGAAUCCCUUCUUUGAAAACAUCAUAGCUUCCUGCUCUGAAGAUUCCUCUGUACGAGUAUGGGAGAUCCCAGAGGGAGGGCUGAGGCGGAAUAUGACAGAGGCCAUGAUGGAGCUGUAUGGACACAGCAGGCGUGUGGGCCUCAUCGAGUGGCACCCCACCAGCAGUGGAAUCCUCUUCAGUGCUGGCUAUGACUAUAAGAUCCUGAUCUGGAACCUGGAGAUAGGUGAGCCGGUGAAGAUGAUCGACUGUCACUCUGACGUCAUCGUGUGUAUGUCCUUCAACACAGACGGCAGCCUGCUGGCGACCAGCUGUAAAGACAGGAAGCUGCGUGUCAUCGAGCCGCGCUCCGGGAGAGUCUUACAGCACGCCAGCUGUAAGAACCACAGGGUGAACAGAGUGGUGUUUCUAGGCAACAUGAAGAGGCUGCUGACGACAGGUGUGUCCCGGUGGAACACCAGACAGAUUGCACUGUGGGAUCAGGAGGACCUGUCUAUGCCCAUGGUAGAAGAGGAGAUAGACGGUCUCUCAGGGCUGCUGUUUCCUUUCUAUGAUGCAGACACACACAUGCUGUACCUGGCAGGAAAGGGCGAUGGCAACAUCCGUUACUAUGAGAUCACCACAGAGAAGCCCUACCUGCAGUAUCUCAUGGAGUUCCGCUCCCCUGCCCCACAGAAAGGUCUUGGUGUGAUGCCUAAGCAUGGGCUGGACGUCACGGCCUGCGAGGUGUUUCGGUUCUACAAGCUGGUGACGCUGAAGGGGCUGAUCGAGCCAAUCUCCAUGAUAGUACCAAGGAGGUCAGAGACGUACCAGGAGGACAUCUAUCCGAUGACGGCAGGGACCGAGCCUGCCCUCUCAGCCAAUGACUGGUUGAGUGGUAUCAACCGAGACCCAGUGUUAAUGUCCCUAAAGAAGGGUUACCAGAAGCCCAACCAGCUGGUGUUCAAGGCACCGGUGAAGGAAAAGAAAGGUGUGGUGGUCAACGGCAUUGACCUGCUGGAAAACGUGCCACCCAGGACAGAGAACGAGCUACUGAGGAUGUUCUUCAGGCAGCAGGAGGAGCUGAGAAAGCUGAAGGAGGAGCUGAACACCAAGGACGUUAAAAUACGCCAGCUGGAGCUGGAACUCAACAACCUGAGGAACGUCAGCCCCGUUGGAAACAAUGUCUGACCUCUGACCUCUAGCUUAUGGCACCACCAUCACCACCAUGCCACGUCCAGCGUCCUCCCUCCCUUUCAUUGUGUAUCAUUUGUACUUCCUGUUGCAAUUGAUAAUGUAAUAGCCACCGGAUAAUGUAAAGACUGAUUAUAACGGUUGUGUAACAAUUUUUGUUAUCGAUAAUGUAAUCAUAUUGACAUCACUGUUAAAUCCCUCAAUUGAUAACAUAAUAACCAACUGGUAAUGUAAUUUAUUGUUAUAAGAUUUUUGUUAUAAGAUUGAUGUAUCCUGAUAUCCGGUUUGGUUUCAUUAUGAUUAGUUAUUACAUCAUCAGUCGCAAUACACCCCUCCCCCCUACUGCAGAGCACCAUCAGUGUAUCCCCGGGGUCCUCACACCCCACCUGCCAUGUCAUGCCCCUCUGAGUCCACGUGGCAAAGCCUUUGUCAUCACCCAGAAAUGCCACCCCCAAAUCCUCCAACCUCCACCCUGCCAUCACCAGAGACUACUCUGGGGAAAGAGAUUGACUCCCCCCUUCUACCCCAAUCCUCCCCCAUGGCCUAUCCACUGCAAACCAACUCACAGCAAAGCUGCAACAUCUCAACCUCCCAAUGGAAGAGUCUUCUACUAGUUCCAACUACUGUGGAUGAUGAGUUUUACAGGGACAUGAAUGAAGAUGAGUUUUACAGGGACAUGAAUGAGGAUGAUGAGUUUUACAGGGACAUGAAUGAGGUGUAUUUCAAGACAGUUUUUUUUCUUCAUCUCUCCUAAGAAUGUGUUGUCUGUAAAAAGCUGCAGCUCUGGCUCAGACUGGCAUACAGCAACCCAAAUGUAGUCCUAAUGGGCAGUUUGUCUGUCGCCUCAGUCAUUAUCUUUAGGAGAAGUUUUGUUGGAAAAUGUAUUAUUGUUACUAUUUAUUUGUUAUAUUUGAUGUUUUUAGCUAACUCUUUAUGCAGAAACAUUCAUCUCAUGUCUUUAGGAGAAAUCGUGGUCAUGAAAAUGAUGGCUGACACACUUGUGAUUGAAUUAUGUUUUCACCCAAAUGGUGGCAAUUUGUAAGUAUACUCAAACAGAUCCUGUAUUUUCUAGAUUGAAUCGACACAAUACUCAAAUCUGGUCAAUUGGAAUAUUAGUCAACAUGAAAUUAGGUUAUGUACGUAACAGUACAUCAAACUGAAAUAUUAAUACAAUAUUUGUCUUUAUACCUUUCAGUUAUGAAUAUUCUAUUUAAGAAAGUUACCCCCAUUGUUAAUCUGAGGUAUUCCACAUGAUCCAUUCCACUCAAGUUAAGACUCUGAUACUUCCUGCAGAUCAGGUUACCUAUACUAUACCUCUACAGAUUAAUCAUUAUUUGUACCAUUGUCAUAAUAUUGUCAUAAUCGGUAACAUACUCUGCAGGGGUUGACUGACUAAAUGAAUGAAACAACAAUAUUACUUACACAAGGUAAUUAUUUACAUCUUUACCCCUAACAUAUACCUUGUAAAGACCCCCCCUCAAAUGUUAUACUGCAAUAGUGUGUCCUUAUCCAAUGAAGACACCUAGCAAACAAAUGUAGGUACAGUAGCGUGGUUGCCAGGUGUUACAUUUUGCUUUAGCCAACUCCUCUGGCAUUCAUUGUCGUGCCAUAUGGACAUUGGAGAAUUUGCCUUAAGCUCUUACAGGUGUGGGUGGCUAGCACCGGACUAUAGGCACAGCGCCCUGUGUGCAUCUAGUCUGGCAACAGUGAAGGUGAACAUGGUGGAUAAGGUCAGGUCAGCCCGUAGAGAAUGACAGAGGUCUCAAGUGGCCUAAAGGAGGGGAUUCACAGUGUGUUUCACUGUGAAGACGCAGCAGUAUGCAAGGUGAGUGAAAAGCACUGCAGUAUUGUUUGAAUGGGAGAAUAACUAACCAUUUGGUGGAGAUGAUGAUGAUGGCCUAUAGGUGUAGUAAAUACUGGUCGACAACCA